GAGUGAGAAAUACGAGACAUCACCAAGUGUGGACGCUAAAGAUUUAGUACCUAACUUCGACGCUGACGCAAUGGCUAAGACGUUCCAGCACCCUGACUAUUGUCAUACUUUUCUUGACGCUUUAAAUAAAAUGCGGGUGAAUCAACAGCAUUGUGAUUUCUGUUUGGAUGUAAAGGGCGAAAAGAUCUAUGUUCAUAAAGUGGCACUUAUUUUUGUGUCACCUUACUUCGCAGCAAUGCUUAACAGUGAUAUGCAAGAAAAGGCAUCAGGUUCAGUAAAGUUGCAGGAAGAGGACGCAACUAUUGUGAAAGCGCUGGUCGAAUACAUCUACACCGGGAUAAUUACGUUGACUGAGAGCAAUGCUCAAUUGAUGCUUUCGGUAGCAAACUUAUUUCAAAUGAAAUGGCUAAAGGAGCAAUGCGGACAAUUUCUUAAAAGCCAAGUAAAGGCGACAAACUGUUUUGAGAUGCGAAGUUUUGCGGAUGCGUAUUCUUGUAAAGAGCUUUUUGAUUAUAGCCAAACUUAUAUCUUACAGCAUUUUGACGAAAUCAUUUAUGCCAAGGAAUUUUUAUCGCUUCCUUUCGAAGAGAUCGAGAAAUUAAUAAUAGAUGAGAACACUUCCGUUAAAUUCGAAGACAAUGCAUACAAAGCUGUAAUAAAAUGGAUUAAACAUGAUCUGGAGGAACGUAAAGUUCAUCUCGGAGAAUUAAUGGGCCAUGUUCGACUGCCUUUUGUUAGAUCUGAAUAUUUAAGACAACACAUAAUUAGUGAACCUUUGCUUAGAAGUGAUCAAGAAUGCAGCCAAGUCCUUGUUGAAGUCUUAAGCUAUAAACUAACGCCAGUGAGCGAAAGAAAUUCUUUACGUCAGUUCAAAACAAAUCGUAAUGAAAAGUUUCAUGUAUUGCUCGCCGGUGGUCGCACUCAAACCGCACGAAAUUUAAACAUAAUUUAUGAUGUCUCCGAGAAUAAGGUAACUUUGAAUGAAGACAUGAUGGAGACCAGAUGUGAAAACUCUGCAAUCUUUUUAAACGGCGUGGUAUAUUCAGUAGGUGGAUAUGGUUUGGAAAGAUCUGGAUUCAAUGUUGGAACGUAUGAUUCGAACACGGCAGAACGUUACGAUAUGUGCAAAAAACAAUGGAGUUACAUUUCAUCUAUGAGUACUGCGCGCAGUCACUUUGGAAUAUGCACUUACAACGAUCGUGUCUACGUUGUCGGUGGAAAUCAGGUUUCAAGUGUAGAGAGUUAUGAUCCUAAAACCAACGUUUGGACCAUGUGUGCAAGUACUCCUGCAACAUAUGCUAAUGGCAACCGCAUAGCAGUCGUAGGAAAUAGCAUUUACAGUAUGGGAUGUGAAGCUUCGUUAAUUCGAUUUGAUCCGAGAGAAGGCCGAUGGAAUAAUUUGGGUGAAGCCUCAAGAGAUCUGCAAACACAGUUUGAGCUGGUCUCUUAUGAUCAUUCCUUGUUUCGCAUUGCGUUGAAUUGUGAACGCUUUGACGUACGAACACAUAAAUGGGAACCGAUGCCUUCUAUGCCCUUCCAGCUAUCCGCUCGCGCGGCGGUGAUGAUCUCCGAUGAUAUUUAUAUAAUAGGCGGAUAUAAAAAUGAACGCUAUAACAUACAUGAUAAUGAGUGGACAACAGUUGAUUCAACCGAAUUUACAUUCUGCGACGGAGGAGCAGCUGUAAUCAAAGACACUUGAUUUGAAGAAUGAAGACCGAAAAUAUCUUUCUCUCUUUACUCUAAUGCAAACAAACAAGCGAAAAAGAA